AUGGCCACGGUUCGAGGGGGGACCGUCCAACGGCGAUACUUGCCCGGCCUUUUAACGGCCGCUUACCUCUGCGCCUUCGUUUUCUGGAUCGAUGGAAUGCUGCACUGUGCCGGUCAAAGGCCGAUAAAUCUGGGCGGCGCAAGGAAACGAGACGUUUACAUCGCCGGAUUCUUCCCUUUCGGCCAUCACGUGCCCGAGAGCCACAUCGGCCGUGGCGUCAUGCCCUCGGUCAAGCUCGCCGUCGAUCAUAUCAACGAGGAUCGGAUCGUCCUCAGGAAUUAUCGGCUGCACAUGUGGUGGAACGACACGGAGUGCAACGCCGCCGUUGGCGUGAAGGCAUUCUUCGAUAUGAUGCACAGCGGGCCGCACAAAGUGAUGCUAUUCGGCGCAGCUUGCACGCACGUCACCGAUCCCAUCGCCAAAGCGUCCAAGCAUUGGCGUCUCACGCAGCUUAGCUACGCGGACACACACCCGAUGUUUACAAGAGAUAGCUUCCCAAAUUUCUUCAGGGUGGUGCCUUCUGAGAACGCGUUCAACGCUCCCCGCGUGGCGCUUUUAUUGCACUUCAAUUGGACUCGCGUCGGAACCAUUUAUCAAAACGAGCCCCGAUACGCUCUGGCACAUAAUCGAUUGGUCGCCGAUCUCGAUAGCAAUAGCAUGGAAGUGGUAGAGACGCAAAGCUUCGCCACCGAGGUGACCACAGCGCUGGAAAAAUUAAAGGAGAAGGACGUUAGAAUAAUUUUGGGCAACUUUAACGAAACAUGGGCUAGGAGAAUAUUCUGCGAGGCGCACAAAUUCGAUAUGUUCGGGAGAAAAUAUCAAUGGGUGAUAAUGGGUACUUACACGGAAGAAUGGUGGCUCCAUCCUGACGAGGAAUGCAAUUCCGCUGAUUUGGUGGAGGCAUUGCACGGUGCUAUAUUGACAGACUUGUUGCCAAUCACAACGGAGAAGAGGAAGACUAUAGCUGGAAUAACGACUGAACAAUACCGGGUCGAGUAUGACUCGAGACGAGGCAAAGAGUAUUCGAGAUUUCACGGAUAUUCGUACGACGGUAUAUGGGCAGUGGCUCUAGCUAUACAACGCGUCGCAAGCAGGAUAACACACUACCGUCGCAAUCAGACCAUGUCAGAUUUCAGAUACAGAGACGAGCUUUGGGAGAAGCUUUUUCUUGAAGCUCUGAGAAACACAAGCUUCGAAGGUGUCACGGGACCGGUGCGUUUCUAUGAUAAUGAAAGGAAAGCGUAUAUUCUUUUGAAACAGUUUCAAGGCGACAGGGAGGUAAAAGUCGGUGAAUACGACGGCGUGACAGAUAUUUUAGAUUUGAACAAGGGCGAGCCUUUAAUCUGGAAAGGAAAAUCACCGCCCAAAGAUCGAACUCUUCACAUCAUCGAACAUUCGACCGUAAAUAUUACGAUCUAUGCUGUGCUCACUUCCGCGGCCAGCGUGGGCAUCACCAUGGCGGCUAUUUUUCUCGUCAUCAAUAUCAAAUACAGAAAUCAAAGAUACAUAAAAAUGUCAUCGCCGCAUUUAAACAACCUCAUUAUCGUCGGAUGCAUGCUGACCUACAGCAGUGUAAUUUUCCUUGGGUUAGAUUCGCAGCUGUCCAGUGAAACGGCAUUUCCCUACAUUUGCACCGCCAGAGCAUGGCUAUUGAUGGCUGGUUUCUCAUUGGCUUUUGGUUCCAUGUUUUCGAAAACAUGGCGAGUACACUCGAUAUUUACCGAUGUUAAAUUGAACAAAAAGGUGAUAAAAGAUUAUCAAUUGUUCAUGGUGGUCGGUGUAUUAUUGUUUAUUGAUUUGGGUAUUAUGACGACCUGGCAGGUUGCGGAUCCAUUUUACCGGGAAACGAAACAAAUGGAACCUUAUCCUCAUCCUUCCAGCGAAGACAUCAUCAUAAUACCGGAAAACGAGUACUGUCAAAGUAAUCGAAUGACCAUUUAUUUAGGGUGCAUAUACGCUUAUAAAGGUCUUUUAAUGAUAUUCGGCGCCUUUUUGGCAUGGGAAACAAGGCAUGUUAGCAUUCCUGCGUUAAACGAUAGCAAAUACGUCGGAAUGAGCGUAUACAACGUUGUGAUCAUGUGUGUUACUGGAGCGGCUAUAAGCUUCGUGUUGGCUGACAAACAAGAUGCCAUGUUUAUUAUGUUGGCGAUAUUUAUAAUAUUCUGCAGCACCGCCACCUUGUGCUUGGUUUUUGUACCAAAGCUAAUAGAAUUGCGAAGAAAUCCCCAAGGUACGAUAGACAAACGAAUUAGAGCAACGCUUAGGCCAGUGUCGAAAACGCGAAGGGACUCGAGCGUUAGCGAAUUGGAGGAACGUUUGAAGGAAGCGACGUUAGCGAAUCAAAAAUUUCGUAAACAAUUGUUAGAAAAAGAUUCAGAGCUUCAGAUGUUCCUACGGAGGCUUGAUGAUCAAACCACAUCGAAUACACAGGAAGCAAUGGAUAGGUUAACAGUUCCGAGACAGGAAGCAACAGUCGUGAAAAAAGAAGGUUUGUCUCUUGCGACAGAGACAACGGACAUUUCCAUAUCAAUGUGCAGCCUGAAUUCAACUACCAUCUCUCAACCAGAAGGCGUCGAUUAUGCGAGUACAAUCGCGACCGAACAGCCGAUUAGCAAAAAAAAGACAUCGUUCUCGAAAUUACCGGCGAUCGCAAUCGACAGCGAACGAACACCUCUAGUCCCACAAACUCAAGAAACCACGAAAGGAACCGUGGAUUUUUCGUCCUCGCCUUUGCCUUCGGUUUUAAAACACACAACAGACGAUUCCGGCCAUAGAAGAAGUCGUUCCUCCAUACUUGGAAAAGAGAGUGAACCUCUUCUUGCCGAGAGAAGUCCGGACUCGCGAUCGGAUACCGGUAAAACGAACGUCGAAUUCGUGCCGGAGAUCGUCGAGGAGGGUGACGCCAUUAUCCUCGAAGAGACCGAAAUUCCCAGGCAUGGAAAGUUGAUCAGAAGCAAAGACGAUCGUAGAUCCAGACUCCCGACACCUCCGCCGACAAAGAACGUCUCAUUCGGUGAACUUCACGAACAAAACUACCUCGAACAAGCGAUUCUACCGCCUCCCUCGCAAUUCGUUCCCAAGCAUCGACAUUCCGUUUCGGCGACAAACGCAUCCGCUCAUCAAUCAUUAAAGAGAAGAUCGUCGGUGAAGAGCAACGGAAUGGCUCAUUCCCAUCACGAGUUGUUUCAAACUCGGAGAACCAGCGUACCAGUCAAUUGCAUCAGUUAUAUUUCGACUGAGAACGUCUCCAAAUCAGAGGCCACCGAGUUCUCUCUCAACUCUGGUUUUGAUAAGUCUUAUAUAAUUGGUGAAUGUGGUCAUCGACGAGCAUUAUUCUCAGGUACUGGAUAUCGUUGUGAGAAACACGGAGGACGAGGACAUCGCGCUAUAUUGAAUGGUUCGGCGGAAACGCCGCCUCCUCCACGUAGACAUAAAAAACAUUAUGAUUCUCAAAAUGCGAGUUCUCCGAGUGUGCCUGCGAUGGUUAAUGCCAGUUAUUCAGAUACCGAGAAAUACGAGGAAUCCAUGUCGACGAUUAUUCAACGAUCGGUGUCUGAAAGAUCGCGGGAAAAAUGUCCUCGGCUUCGAAGUGAGGGACACGCGAUGAUCGAAUGUCCUCAUCGUGCCACACGUCGAAUACGAGAGUGUAGACAUACCGAGUCUAAACUCCGACAACAGGCUCGUUUGGAAUACGUGCAAAGCACACCAAAUGUUGCCACUAUACACAAUAAUAAAUUCGCAAGCGCGAAUCCACGUGGUGGUGGUGGCGGCACUGGGCCAAGUAGCGGCGGUGUGGCAGGAAGUGCGAAUGGCCCAGGAACAGCUAGCUCAGUGACCGGCAGUAGUUCAGACGUUGUUGGUGGUUCCGCGGCAAAUGUUUCUAAAAUGUAUAGCGCCGUAUCGGAUGGCGAAUUACUCGAUUUAGCGAUAUUGCCGAUCUUUCAAAAGUUACUCACCGAGAGGCACAAAAGUUCCUCGAGGGCCGGCUACGGCGCCAGCGUAGCCAGCUGUCCAAAUAUAUCUAUCAAAUGUGACAUCGUUGAAUACCUUUAACGAUCUUCCAAUGAUUAAUUUAAAUUUUCAUCUGGCGAUCUCGUUCUAUUUCUUUAUUUCUUUGAACAUUCCUCUCCCAUCUUCCCUUACAUUUCUUUCUCUCUUUUUCUCUCUCUUUCUCUCUCCCUCUUUACGGCCUUCAAAUGCGACAUCUAUCGUAAAACGUGUUCGCCAAAUGUGUAUCGGCCGAGACAAUGAUAUUUUACAGAGAGCAAUCACCGUUCCUUUCUCGAGCCUGCCUAUCUUUGCGAUACUCUCGCGAAAGAACGUUGGAAGAAGCAGCAACGCUGCUCUUUCGAUAUAUGUAAAUGUAUGUAAAUUUUCGUGUCCAUAAGUCACCGAAUACUUACAAUUAGUACGAUUUAGGAUAGGAAUGAAAUGAACGUUGUAAUUGCAGAAUGAAGUUGACAUUUAUUAAUCGUUUAUUAUAAGAGAAAAGUAAAUUAUAAUUAUUACAUUUGAAAGAUGUUAUAAAUCUAUAUUUUAAUAAACGUUAUGUUUAGAUUAGCAAGUGUCCGCUGGACUUAUGGACGGAGAAGGAGACGUUAUCAAUGAGAUUAAACGAGAGGAUGCCGGCCUCUGUUCGACGCUCGAGAAUCUUUUAGCUCCUCGGUUAAAUAAUCAAAUUGACAAAGAUAGCCGCUCGCGGCAUUCUAUGAAAACGUUCUGCAGAAUUCUACAGCGUCUGCACUUUAACACACUUUUCUCUUCCAAAUCUUUUGUGAUUUUCGUUUCCCCAUCUCGAUUCUCGUCUCGAUGAUGAAAGGUCAUAUAAACGUUAACAAACACACGACGCCUUCGCGUUCGUGAGAAAAUGAUUGAAAAAUCGCCGUGACUCAUCAUUCUGGAACGUGGAAUCUCGGUUUUUAUAACAAAUUAUUAGAAAAACAAGUUUGUCAUACAUGUUUGUCAUAACAAAAGAAGAAGAAAGAAAAAAAAAAACGUUGCAUCGAUCGGAUAAAAAAAAGAUAGCCAGUAUUGAAACGAACGUAGGAAAGAAUGUUAGCGUAUGCGUCUAAUCUAACUCUAAUCAUUGUAAGCGUGCGUAAUCGUUUUAAAUAAUUUUAUAGCGUGCGAAAUUCGUACAAUCGCUGUUUAGCAAUUCAAAAGAUAGAUAUACGAGUCAAAAGAUUCGAACAUUUUAUAGAAUUUUCUCUCGCAUUCGAGGGGGACAACUUUUUUUUACGUUAUAUCAAGUCUCUUCUUAAGAAAGAAACAAAGAAAAAGAAUUUAAAAAAAGACAAAAAAAAAUAACAAAAAGGAAUAAAAGAAAAUAAAAUGAAAAAAACGUUGACACAUGUUCAUUUCUAUCGCAAGUAACGUGUUUACGUCAUAUUUAAUAAACUUCUUACUACUGUACCGAAAUUAAUUCUAAAUUGAUUGUUAUCGAUUUUCAAAACAGCUCAAGACACAUUAACGAAAACAAUUAAAUAAAAUGAAGCAUACGGUAAGCGGUUCUCACAAUAAGCGGCUUUUAAAAUAAUUUUCUUCUUUAUGUAUUCGCUUUUUCACGAUAAACAGUCGGCGUCUUUUUAAUUAUAUAACAAAAUAUAUCUCGAUGAGGAACCGAACAGGCGAGUUUUAGAUGCGAUUCGCAUGCCUAGUAAAGAGAAUCGAUGAAAUAUAAUAUUUUCUUUUUGUUU